AACAGACUUAAGCUCCGCCGGCUCUAGGGGAACAGUAGCGAGAAGCUUGUGUAUAGGAAUAACCUUAGGAAUAACCAAUCAGAACUGACUAGUGUGGCUGGGCGGGGGGCCUCGAGGGAGGACAGAUCUCUGCCACCUGAGGGUUGCUUGACUCCCAGCUGCUGCUCUCGCUGCACAGACCUCAUGGGGAAUAAAUACUUUGCUCACAAACAACUCCAAAGUCUUCCCUAGAAGAAGGAUGAACACUGAGAGACCGGAAUCCAUCUGGGCUGCCACUUUUGUCUCUGAAGGACUCUUAAUUGACACUCUUAGAAAUCAUCCGUUGUCCCUGCAAACCCCUUUUUUCAUUGCGGUCCUGCUGCGGUGGCGGCGAAACAGAUGACAGGACAGCUUCAGACCAUGUCAGGUGUGUCUGAGAGGUGUUUUUGUGAACAUGCACUCCAAGCGCUGGCUGUGAACGCGUAGUUCUAAUUGUUCGAAAGUGGACGAUCCUUGAAGGUGUCCUCGUGAUGGAGGGCCAUAAUUACGAACGCUUCGGGGAGGGGGAGAGGAACAACUAUCAGAUUGAUUACAGGAGGAUUGUCGGGGAUACGGAACCGGCGUGGCCUCACCUUGCGGGCAGAGAUGGGGAGCAAGCACAGUCGUACGGAACCUACAGCCACUCCGCGACCCAUAGCCACGGGCACGAGACGGCCGCGCAGCGAUACAGCGCCACGCGUAUCCAAGCUGGGUAUGAACCAGAGAGCAUGGCCGACUACUUGAUCAGCGGCGGCACAGGCUACGUUCCCGAGGACGGCAUGACUGCGCAACAGCUCUUCGCCAUCGGCGACGGGCUGACGUACAAUGACUUCUUGAUCCUCCCUGGUUUCAUAGAUUUUACCGCUGAUGAAGUGGAUCUAACCUCUGCAUUAACACGGAAGAUCACACUGAAGACGCCUCUCAUUUCAUCUCCCAUGGAUACAGUCACAGAGUCAUCCAUGGCCAUUGCUAUGGCAUUAAUGGGCGGGAUCGGAAUCAUUCAUCAUAACUGUACAGCUGAGUUCCAGGCCAAUGAGGUGCGCAAAGUCAAGAAAUUCGAACAGGGCUUCAUCACAGACCCCGUGGUAAUGAGCCCGCAACACACGGUAGGCGACGUGUUCGAAGCCAAGAUCCGCCACGGUUUCUCUGGGAUCCCUGUUACAGAGACCGGCAAGAUGGGAAGCAAGCUAGUUGGCAUCGUCACCUCUAGAGACAUUGACUUCCUCUCUGAGAAGGACCACGACAGACCUCUGGAGGAGGCAAUGACAAAAAGGGAGGAUCUAGUUGUCGCGCCCGCUGGGGUCACACUAAAAGAAGCUAAUGACAUUUUACAACGUAGUAAAAAAGGUAAACUUCCAAUCGUCAACGACAGCGACGAACUUGUGGCUAUCAUCGCCAGAACCGACUUGAAGAAGAACAGAGACUACCCUCUGGCUUCAAAGGACUCCCGCAAGCAGCUGCUCUGCGGGGCGGCCAUCGGGACCAGGGACGAUGACAAGUACAGGCUGGACCUCCUCAUGCAGGCGGGCGUGGACGUGGUGGUCCUGGACUCUUCCCAGGGUAACUCGGUGUAUCAAAUCAACAUGAUAAACUACAUCAAACAGAAGUACUCCGAACUCCAGGUGGUCGGUGGGAACGUGGUAACAGCUGCUCAGGCUAAAAACCUCAUUGAUGCCGGUGUAGAUGCCCUUCGGGUGGGGAUGGGAUGCGGCUCCAUCUGUAUCACACAGGAAGUGAUGGCGUGCGGGCGGCCUCAAGGCACGUCGGUGUACAAAGUGGCAGAGUACGCGCGACGUUUCGGAGUACCUGUAAUUGCUGACGGUGGUAUUCAGACCAUCGGGCACGUGGUCAAAGCGCUAGCACUUGGGGCAUCAACCGUGAUGAUGGGCUCCCUCCUCGCGGCAACCACCGAGGCUCCGGGAGAAUAUUUCUUUUCCGACGGUGUGCGUUUGAAAAAGUACAGAGGAAUGGGCUCCUUGGAUGCCAUGGAGAAAAACAAUAGCCAGAAGCGUUACUUCAGCGAAGGAGACAAGGUGAAAGUGGCUCAAGGUGUUUCGGGGUCAGUCCAAGAUAAGGGCUCCAUUCAGAAAUUUGUGCCGUACCUUAUCGCUGGUAUUCAACAUGGCUGCCAGGACAUCGGAGCAAAGAGUUUGUCAAUUUUACGGUCAAUGAUGUAUUCUGGAGAGUUGAAGUUCGAGAAGAGAACAAUGUCUGCUCAGAUGGAAGGCGGAGUGCACGGCCUUCACUCAUAUUCGUUUGUACCAUUUAUGAGAAGCGACUGUAUUGAGGUCGGAGGGAAAGGAAACGCACGAUCGGGACCGGACGUCCCCGCGCCGGCCCUGCUAAGCAGACGUACAGCACACAAGUGAACAUCUUCAGACUGGAAUGCCUGUAAAAGAUGAUCCUGACGGAUUAUUCUGUGGUGUGAUGCGUGUUUCCAGGCAUCAACGUUAAUGGAAAACUGGUUAGAAAGUGUUUCAAAAUCGAUCAACUUUUAGUUCACAAAAUAUGAAUUACUAAUAUUUUUCAAAUGUGAUAUACAGCAUGUACAUUAUGAUCAAAUUGACCAAAUAUUUACUGAAAGGAAUCACUGUCAAGCUUUUUUUAAAUUUAACUCUUAUUUUGAAAAUGUUGGUAAUUAAUAUUGAGUUGACUUAAAGUAAUAAAAUACGAUAUUAAACUGACAUCGAUCAAUUGUGUCAAUUACUGUGUAAGAGAAAAAUGCUGGAUUUUUGUUCUUUUUUUAUGGUAUUUAUUUAACAAAACUAUUAUUUUAGUGUGUUGUAGGGUAAAAAUAUUCGGAGACGCAUUGCUGCCACACUACCAAAAAAAAAAAAAAAAAAAAGUAUGUUUUUACAUGAUAGCUUACACGUUUUUUACAUGAAAAUAUUAAGUUUUUUCAUGAUAAUUUUCAAAAUUUUUUCUAUAUACUAAUGAUGACGUCUAUACAUAUUUUUCGCGAGAAAUUUUUUU